AGGGGAGGCCGCUCCGCCAUAUUCGAUUCGACCCGCAAGCCGCGGCGCAGCCAGCAUGAGUACCGGUGCCUUCUACAUCUCCAGCCUGCUGGAGAAGAUGACGUCCAGCGACAAAGAUUUCAGGUUCAUGGCUACCAGUGACCUGAUGUCAGAGUUGCAGAAAGACUCCAUCCAGCUGGACGAGGACAGCGAGCGUAAGGUGGUGAGGACACUCCUGCGGCUCCUGGAGGACAGGAGCGGGGAGGUGCAGAACCUGGCUGUCAAGUGCCUGGGUCCCCUGGUGGGCAAGGUGAAGGAAUACCAAGUGGAGAACAUUGUGGACACCCUCUGUGCCAACAUGCGGUCAGACAAGGAGCAGCUCCGGGACAUCGCUGGCAUUGGCCUGAAGACUGUGCUUUCAGAGCUGCCUCCUGCUGCCACAGGCUCGGGGCUGGCUAUCAAUGUGUGCCGCAAGAUCACAGGCCAGCUCACCAGUGCCAUCGCCCAGCAGGAAGAUGUGGCUGUGCAGCUGGAAGCCCUGGACAUCCUCUCUGACAUGUUGAGCAGGCUAGGUGCCCCAUUGGGCACAUUCCAUGCGAGCCUGCUGCACUGCCUAUUGCCCCAGCUGAGCAGCCCGCGCCUGGCUGUGCGCAAACGCACUGUUGUCGCACUUGGUCAUCUGGCAGCCGCCUGCAGCACCGACCUCUUCGUGGAGCUUGCUGACCACCUGGUGGACCGGCUCCCUGGGCCACGGGCACCCGCCAGCCCUGCAGCCAUUCGAACUCUGAUCCAGUGUUUGGGCAGCGUGGGCCGUCAGGCAGGCCAUCGCCUGGGGGCCCACCUGGACCGCCUGGUACCCAUGGUGGAGGAGUUCUGCAACCUGGAUGACGAUGAGCUGAGAGAGUCCUGCCUCCAGGCCUUUGAGGCCUUCCUAAGAAAGUGCCCCAAGGAGAUGGACCCUCAUGUACCCAAUGUGACCAGCCUCUGCCUGCAGUACAUGAAGCAUGACCCCAACUAUGACCAUGAUAGUGACUCUGAAGAGCAGAUGGAGACCGAGGACAGUGAAUUCAGUGAGCAAGAGAGUGAGGACGAGUAUAGUGACGAUGAUGACAUGAGCUGGAAGGUACGCAGAGCUGCGGCCAAGUGCAUGGCUGCCCUGAUCAGCUCUCGGCCUGACCUCUUACCCGACUUCCACUGCACUCUGGCACCUGCGCUCAUCCGCCGCUUCAAGGAGCGGGAGGAGAACGUCAAGGCAGACAUCUUCGGGGCUUACAUCAUGUUGCUGCGACAUACACGGCCCCCUAAAGGAUGGCUGGAGGCUGUGGAGGAGCCCACCCAAACUGGCAGAAACCUCAAUAUGUUGCGAGCACAGGUGCCCAUAGUGAUGAAGGCCUUGCAGCGACAACUUAAAGACCGGAAUGUUCGGACCCGCCAGGGCUGCUUCAACCUCUUCACCGAGCUGGCAGGCGUCCUCCCUGGCAGCCUGGCAGAGCACAUGGCUGUGUUGGUGUCAGGCAUUGUCUUUUCACUGGCUGACUACUCCAGCUCCUCCACCAUACGGAUGGAUGCCCUGGCCUUCCUGCAGGGGCUUCUGGGUACAGAGCCAGCUGAGGCCUUCCAUCCACACUUGCCUACCCUCCUGCCACCUGUGAUGGCCUGUGUGGCUGACCCUUUCUAUAAGGUGGCAGCUGAGGCCUUACUGGUGCUCCAGGAGCUGGUGCGGACCCUGUGGCCACUGGAUAGGCCUCGGCUGCUGGACCCUGAGCCUUAUGUUGGAGAGAUGUCCACAGCUACCCUGGCACGACUCCGAGCCACUGACCUGGACCAGGAGGUGAAGGAACGGGCCAUCUCUUGUGUGGGUCACCUUGUGGGUCACCUUGGUGAUCGGCUUGGGGAUGACCUAGAGCCCACACUUAUACUUCUCCUGGAUCGCCUACGAAAUGAGAUCACCCGGUUGCCUGCUGUCAAGGCACUGACACUGGUGGCUGUGUCCCCAUUGCGACUUGAUCUGCAGCCCAUCCUGGCAGAGGCACUGCCCAUCCUGGCGUCAUUUCUGCGCAAGAAUCAACGGGCCCUGCGGCUGGCCACGCUGGCUGCCCUGGACGCUCUGGCUCAGAGUCAGGGCCUUGGCCUGCCUCCCCCUGCUGUGCGGACUGUGCUAGCUGAGCUGCCUGCUCUGGUCAGCGAGAAUGAUAUGCAUGUGGCCCAGCUGGCCGUUGACUUCCUCACCACGGUGACACAGACCCAGCCCACCUCUCUGGUUGAAGUCAGUGGACCUGUUCUGGAGGAACUGCUGCAGUUGUUGCACUCACCCUUACUGCCUGCUGGGGUGCUGGCAGCCACUGAAGGCUUCCUGCAGGCACUGGUGGGAACCCGCCCUCCAUGUGUGGAGUACUCGGAGCUCAUCCGCCUGCUCACAGCCCCUGUGUAUAACCAGGUUGGGGAUGGAGGACCUGGCCUGCACAAGCAGGUGUUCCACUCACUGGCCCGGUGUGUAGCUGCCCUCUCAGCUGCCUGUCCCCAGGAGGCAGCAGGCACGGCCAGCCGCCUGGUCUGUGAUGCCAGGUCACCCCACUCAAGCACAGGGGUCAAAGUCUUGGCAUUCCUAUCACUGGCUGAGGUGGGCCAGGUGGCUGGGCCAGGCCCCCAGAGGGAGUUGAAGACGGUGCUUCUGGAAGCCUUGGGGUCUCCCAGUGAGGACGUGAGGGCUGCAGCCGCAUAUGCCCUGGGCCGUGUGGGUGCUGGCAACCUGCCUGACUUCCUGCCCUUCCUGCUGGCACAGAUUGAGGCCCAGCCCCGGCGACAGUACCUGCUGCUACAUGCACUCAGGGAGGCCCUGGGGGCUGCCCAGCCUGACAACCUGAAGCCCUACGUUGAGGAUGUGUGGGCACUGCUCUUCCAGCGCUGUGAGAGCCCCGAGGAAGGCACUCGGUGUGUGGUGGCCGAGUGCAUUGGGAAGCUAGUGUUUGUGAACCCUCCCUUCCUCCUGCCUCGAUUCCGGAAGCAGCUUGCUGCAGGUCAGCCAUACACCCGGAGCACAGUCAUCACUGCCGUCAAGUUCCUCAUCUCAGACCAGCCACACUCCAUCGACCCUCUCCUCAAGAGCUUCAUUGCAGAGUUCAUGGAAAGCCUGCAGGACCCAGACUUGAACGUGCGCCGGGCCACACUCACCUUCUUCAACUCAGCUGUGCACAACAAACCAUCACUGGUCCGGGACCUGUUGGAUGACAUCCUACCUCUCCUCUACCAGGAGACUAAGAUCCGCCGGGACCUCAUCCGAGAGGUGGAGAUGGGGCCCUUCAAGCAUACUGUAGACGAUGGGCUGGACGUGAGGAAGGCCGCCUUCGAGUGCAUGUACUCGCUGCUGGAGAGCUGCCUGGGCCAGCUGGACAUCUGCGAGUUUCUGAACCAUGUGGAGGAUGGGCUGAAGGACCAUUAUGACAUCCGGAUGCUGACCUUCAUCAUGCUGGCCCGCCUGGCCACUCUUUGUCCUGCACCUGUCCUGCAGAGGGUGGACCGGCUCAUUGAGCCACUCAGAGCCACCUGCACUGCCAAGGUCAAGGCUGGUUCUGUGAAGCAGGAGCUGGAGAAGCAGGAGGAGUUGAAGCGCUCAGCAAUGCGGGCAGUGGCUGCCCUGAUGACCAACCCUGAGGUGCGCAAGAGCCCCAGUGUGGCAGACUUUUCUGCCCAAAUCCGAUCCAACCCAGAACUCACCACCCUCUUCGAGAGCAUCCAAAAGGACACAGCCUCUGGCCCCAGCAUGGACUCCAUGGAACUCAGCUAGCUGUCCCCAGAACAAGCCUCCCUUCUCAUCCCUAUAGGCCUUGGCCUCUCCUGUCCCUCCCAGCCAGCCUCAGUGCCUUUGCUAGGGCCCCCUGCUCACAGCCCCAAUGCCAAAGCUGGGCCCAGUAACUCAGGACAUUCAUUCAUGAGGGUGAUGUCCUCAUUUACACUGCAGCCCUCCACUCAUUUAGAAGCCACCAUUGACCUGUGCAUAAGACCAGAAAGCAAGCAGGGGGUUGACUUCCUACUUCACUUGCUCUGGACUCCAAAUGUUAAUUAGCACCCUGGGCCUGGCCAUGGGUAGUGCUGUGUAGAUCCCAUGUGUGUGCCUAGAUCUGGGCACAAAAGAACCAAUGCCUCAUUAAAUAGCAGAGUAAGAACUGUUUACAGGGAGGAUAGUGUGGCUCACUGGACAGGCAUAGGUCCGCUGUUUGAAACACCCCUAAUCUCAUCACCCAGGUGUGUAGUUGAUAGUACUGAAAAUUUAAAUAUGACAGACCAAGGUUUUGAUUUUUAAGACAUGCCCCUUUAUAGCCACAGCUGGCCCAGACUCACAUCUACCUGCCUGGGAUUAAAGCCAGCUGAGGCCAGUUAUCUUGCGUUAAUAAAAAACAUGCAAAGCUC